UAAUAAUGGUUAUAUGGUAUUAUUUAUAAUUAAAAUAAUUAUGAUUUUAUAUAAAUAUGCUUACUCACUUUGUUGUAUAAUUAAGCAUAUAUUUUAUGUGAAUGGUUACCGUGGAAACAGAGUAGUACACAAAAAUUGUCUUCAAGGACAUGAUACAGCAAUAUGGAAAAAUUAAAAAUUGUAUUGUAGUGAAAAAUAUAAAUAAUUAUGCAAGCUUUAAAGUUAGUUGUAAUUGGACCAUUGGAGAGUGGUAAAACCACAAUAUCAAAUUUUCUUGCUGAUGCUUCAGAAAUUCCUAACUAUUAUCAUCCAACAUAUGGUGUAAGAAUACUGGAAGCAGAAGCACAAGGAAUUAUAGUAAAUAAUAAAACUGUUUCAAAAGAUAUUGAAUUAUGGGAUUGCAGUGGUGAUUACAAAUUUAAAACUUGUUGGCCCGCUAUAAAGAAAGAUUUACAUGGUGUGAUGUUAAUAUAUAGUAGAAGAAAACAAAAUUGUUUAAAAGAAAUGCAGGACUUCUAUGAUUAUUUUGUUACGCAGACUAAAUUAGGUCCUGACAUGUGUGUAAUAUUUUGUUAUGAUCCAGAUAAAACUCAAUCAGAAUUAUCAAAAUCAAUUUCAUCCGCGUUUCCCAAAGUAUCACAUGUUAGAUGUGACAUAGAAGAAAGUGGUAAUAAAUUGCAGGCUGACUUUCGUUCAUUUUUAAGCUCACUCAUGACUAAAAUGCAAGACUAUGUGGAUCAAGAAGAAAAAACGAUAUUAACAAAUAACAUUUUAUUUGUUAAAUAAUUAUUAUAUUAUCAGGUCAGUCCAAAAGUUCGUGCGCAUUUAGCUCGUGUGGUAUCCACUUUCCAAGCUUGGAUACUUUUCUAAUCUCCUUUAAGGAGUUACAUGGGUUUGGGACUUUCAAACAAAUUUUUUUUUUUUUAUUUUUUUUUUUUUUCAAUUCUACAACUCAUCUAGAAUAUUGUAUUCAAUUUUGAAGUCGAUAGGAGUAGUAGUUUUAAAGAUAGAGCCCUGGGAAGUUUCACUCUUUAAUAGCUCUUAUACCAGCACUCAAAUCUUUAAACGUGUUUUUCUCAAAACGCUUUUACUAAAGUCGGUUGUCAAGAUUUCUC